AGAGAGAGAGAGAGAGAGAAUUUGCAUCGUACAAACAGGAAUUGCACAACACAUAAUUUCUGUCCAGCAUGCUGCGCUUCAUUAACUUGUUUUUCAACAUUAACACGACUCUAUAAGCAGAAGCAAGGCCUCCAUAUCUGGUUUAAGAGGCUCACAGUGGCAUGGUACUAUGGAAGGACAGCAUAACCAUCCCCAACACAAUCUAGAGGACCAGAACAAAGCACUCUACAAAGUGCCAGGGCAGGAAUACCAGCAUGAAGCACAGAGGAACGUGUCCACAUACCCGUAUCGAUGCACGCUUGCAGAUUUUCAGAUAGAGAAGAAAAUCGGCAGAGGGCAGUUCAGUGAGGUUUACAAGGCUACCUUUCUCCACGACAGGAAACUGGUUGCACUGAAGAAAGUCCAGAUAUUUGAAUUGAUGGACGCAAAGGCAAGGCAAGACUUCAUCAAGGAAAUCGACCUUUUAAAGCAACUGAACCACCCCAAUGUAAUUAAAUAUUUGGACUCGUUCAUCGAAAACAAUGAGCUGAACAUUGUUCUGGAGUUGGCAGAUGCUGGCGAUCUCUCCCAGAUGAUAAAGUAUUUUAAGAAGCAGCGGCGGCUUAUUCCUGAAAGGACGGUCUGGAAAUACUUUGUGCAGCUGUGCAGUGCAGUGGAGCACAUGCACUCCCGCAGGAUAAUGCACAGAGAUAUAAAGCCUGCUAAUGUGUUUAUAACAGCGACUGGAGUGGUUAAACUGGGAGACCUGGGACUGGGGCGCUUUUUCAGCUCCAAAACCACGGCAGCACAUUCCUUAGUGGGAACACCCUACUACAUGUCUCCUGAGAGAAUCCAUGAAAAUGGAUACAACUUUAAAUCUGAUAUCUGGUCUUUGGGCUGUUUGUUAUAUGAGAUGGCAGCCCUGCAGAGUCCAUUCUAUGGGGAUAAAAUGACCCUGUUUUCCCUGUGCCACAAGAUUGAACAAUGCGAUUAUCCUCCACUUCCAACAGACCACUACUCCGACAAGCUGAGAGAGCUGGUGAGCAUGUGCAUAAAUCCAGAACCGGACCAGAGACCUGACAUCAUUUUUGUGAACCAAACAGCCAAGCAGAUGCAAGUCUGGACCAGCACCAGCACCUGAUCCAUCGUCUACUUGUUCAGAGACAACCAACCACAUUUUGGUCUUACUUGAAUUUUACCAGAAGAUGAAAUGCCUUGUGAAACUCAAAAUGCACCAUUUUUGUGGAAACCGAUUAUUUUAAGACGACCCUUAAAUGCUUGGGCAAGCGCGGAGUUGUACUCAAUGUCCAGCGCGGUGGCGAUUACGGUAAUAAUAAUUAAAAAAAAAAAAUAAAGUCAAAUUUGUAUUACUUUCA